CGCGUGCAGGAGCGCUGUCGGGAGCUACGCGCGAUCCAGCCGCGGUGUGUCUUGAUAAGUGAAGUGACGUGAGCCGAAGUGGCGGGAUUUUUAGCCGCAGGACGGGGGGCACACCCCCCCUUCCACCAGCACCACAUUGGUAAAAGUCAGUGUCUCGUGAUAGGAUUUUGACAGAAUUUUUAAUCGUGUUUUUUCGAACAUUGAAUGUGAUUAGUAUCAGCGAUGCCGACGUAUGGAGGACGUGGCGAGGCAGGCGGCGCAAUGGCAUGCGCUGGCUGCGAGAAGCCCAUCCUAGACAAGUUCCUCUUGCACGUGCUCGAGCGAGCAUGGCAUGCGGCGUGCGUGCGCUGCGCCGACUGCCGUGCGCCGCUCGCCGACAAGUGCUACUCGCGGGAUAACAAACUCUUUUGUAGGAAUGAUUUUUUUAGACGUUACGGUACAAAAUGCAGCGGCUGCGGUCACGGAAUAUCCCCAUCAGAUCUGGUUAGGAAAGCACGAGAAAAGGUGUUCCACCUGAAUUGCUUCACCUGCCUAGUCUGCAGGAAGCAACUGUCCACCGGUGAAGAAUUGUACGUGUUAGACGACAACAAAUUUAUAUGUAAAGAGGAUUACUUAGCAGGGAAGGCGCCGACGCAUUCUGAUUCACUUCUCGGCUCAGGUACAGACGACGAAGAAGAAGAAGAAUCGAGAGCGGCAAACAAUUCAAGUAGUCCAGCGCAUGCACCGCAUCCAGCAUUACAUUCUGAGCUAUCACAUAAUGGGGAUACCAAACCGCACGAGGAUUCAGAAGACCAGGGUUCGUUAGACGGGGACCCUGAGACCCGGGACUCGCAAGCGGAGAACAAAUCACCUGACGACGGCAACGGUGGCUCGAAACGGAGAGGUCCUCGGACGACGAUAAAGGCGAAACAGUUGGAGAUCCUAAAGUCAGCGUUUUCGCAAACACCCAAACCAACGAGGCAUAUACGGGAGCAGCUGGCGAAAGAAACGGGGUUACCCAUGAGAGUAAUACAAGUCUGGUUUCAAAACAAGCGGUCGAAGGAAAGGCGUUUAAAGCAACUUACGUCAAUGGGAAGGGGCCCUUUCUUCGGCUCCUCCCGCAAGAUGCGAGGCUUCCCCAUGAACCUCUCCCCGGGAGGGCUGGAGGAAGGGCCGCCGGGGUUCCCAUACUUCGCGACAGCAGAUGGGAAGUUCGAAUUUGGUUAUGGCCCGCCGUUUCACCAUGACGCGCCGUUCUUCCAUCCACCACCGGCUAUGCCUUUUAACCAGCCAGGUCGUUUCGCAGGCGGAAUGGAGACGCUGCAAGGCGGCGAGUUCCAGGACCAGUUCCCGCCUCCUGAUCACCUGGUGCUGCCGCGGCCAUCAUCCCCCGAGUUCACCUUUGGCGACGCCCCCCCUCCCCUACACCCCGAGGGUCUGGUGUGGUAGCUGAAGCCGGAGCCGCGUGACUACCACGAAUGAUGCGGCUCGACUGGCUUUUAAGUGGACUAAGUGAUUUUUUUUUUCUUUCAUAACGAAGUGACGAUACGUGAAAGUGUUUUGGUAGUUUAUAUCCAAAACUUUUUUGUUUUGUGUUUUAGAAAAAAAACUAUUAGGUUUGUAUAUAGAGCAAUGAGUAAUUAAACUAAAGUAUGGAUCUUUGUUGUUGAUUUUUGUAGAAACAAUUCUAAACUAAGGAUUCUUCUCAACUAUCAGUUUUUUUUGCCGUUCCUGUUUCAAUGAUGAGCUGCUCUGUACAAUUUGGAAGAGCGUAAUAAUUUUUUUUCAUGAUGUAGAUUUUAUACAUUAGUAAAUACAUAUAUUAUACAUACGAUAGAUUUGACUGUAAAACUUGCCUCUUUAUGCACAGAAUACUAUCCUAAACAUAUAUUCAUCUACAAAUCGUCUUGGCCGAUAACAAAAACUAAAAAAAUUACAUUUAUUAUUUCAGUUCAUAACUAGAUCUUUUAUUUUUCACGAAAUGUAUUGUGAUUGUUUUAUCUAUCUAUUGUAAAUGGACAUAGCUCGUACAUUGUACAAAUGAUAUCUGGGUAAUGCUGAAAAUUGUUAUAAUUUUACUAUCUCUUCAUUUUGAUUUGAAAGCAUUGAAAGCUUGUACCUAUGUUGAGUAGGUGCACCCGUAGAGAUCUUAUAAUUUAUAUCAGUUGAAACUGUUGUUAUUUAUUUUUAGUCGAGUUCAAAUUGCUUUUCUGAUCUGAGUAUUCAAAAUGUUAUGUCCUUAUCCAUCUGCUUAAAAAAAACUUUAUUUUAUGUGUCCUGAAAACACUUAUCAAUUCAAAGAAAUAUAAACUCAGCGCUCCUCGGAUAUAUUUGACUACGAUCUUAUCCUGUACUAUAUAAUAUUAUAUUUUAUACUGAAUAAAAAUUGUGAUUGAAUGUGAAUAGUGUACAGAAAUGUGAUUAUAAUAUUAAUAUCAAUGAUAUCGAAGAUUUAUUAAGUUAAAUUAAUUUAUUUACAUUUAGCGAUUGAAAAUAUAAGCGGAUAUUUUGGUUCCUAUUUUAAGAUAGUACUUAACUGUUAGUUGACACGUUUUUGUUUUAUGUCAGUGUAUUUAUUGUUUAAUUUCUAAUAGCUUACCCUUAAGUAAAGAUAAACAUAUGAUGCGUACACACAUAUAGAUAAAAUUUCAGUGUAAAUAAAAAUAUAUUACUGUAAAUAGUUAUUUGCUAAGCGACUGUUUUAUUAACUGUCUACCUAAUGUAAUUGUCUCGUGGGUAAACAUACCAUAGGUAUUGUAUAUACACUUCGACAAUUAUAUUUUUUACACGCCUGAUAAAAAAAACCUUAAUAUAAUAACACAUUUUUAUUUUAUUUUAUAAUAGCGAAUAUUUAUAUCCAUUCAUGUUUGUUUCAAUUCAAAGUAAACUGAGUUGACGGGGAUACUAUUAUAAACAUAGUUAAUUUCUGUACUGUACAAAUUAGUGCUGUGUUAUUCUAUAUUAUGUAUUAAUUAUCUACUAUGGGGUGUUCAUUUUAUUCAAAGCAUUAUAUGAAAACGCUAGGUAACCAAGUUAUAGGUCUAUUAUCUAAAAUUAUUGUACCUAUUAACUUAAUUGAAGACUCACUUAGGUGUGGUAAAAACGUUAUGAAUUCCAGACAUUAAGGUGACAGAUACCUAUUAACUUGAUAUUAACCGAGGCCUAAAAAUUACCAUAACUUCAAGUUAGUGUAAUAACUAAAAGCAAUCACAGAAUUAUCAAGCCUACCAUCUAAUAUUAUACCUACAUAUGCCUGUGCCACAAGUUUUCACUGACAUGAUAUUUAAUUUGGGUAACAAUAAAUAGGUACCUAGUUUAUUCAAUG